GGGGCCGGGACGGGCACGGAGGCUCCUUCUGCCCUGCUGCCCAGGCGGAUCACGUGGGGCAAGUACAUGAACUGCGGGCAAACCUGCAUCGCCCCCGACUACGUCCUGUGCGAGCCGUCCAUCCAGGCCCAGGUGGUGGAGAACAUCAAGGCGACUCUGCAGGAAUUCUACGGGCAUGAUGUGAAGUCGUCUCCGGAUUACGAGCGGAUCAUCAACAAGCGCCACUUCCAGCGGGUGUUGGCCCUGCUGGAGGGACAGAAGAUCGCGCAUGGGGGAGAGACUGAUGAGGCCUCCUGCUUCAUAGCACCAACCAUCCUCACUGAUGUGUCCCCGGAGUCCAAGGUGAUGCAGGAGGAGAUCUUUGGGCCCAUCCUUCCUAUAGUGCCGGUGAAGAGCGUGGACGAGGCCAUUGAGUUCAUCAACAGUCGGGAGAAGCCUCUGGCCCUGUACGUCUUCUCCAACAACAAGAAGGUGGUCAACAGAGUCAUCUCAGAAACAAGCAGCGGAGGGUUUACAGCCAACGAUGUCUUGAUGCACUUCCUCCUGUCAUCCUUGCCUUUUGGGGGUGUCGGUCACAGCGGGAUGGGCGCCUACCACGGCCAGCACAGCUUCGAGACCUUCUCCCACCACCGCUCCUGCUUGAUCAGGGACUUGAAGAUGGAGGGGACCAACAAGGUGCGGUACCCGCCGGGCAGCCAGAAGAAGGGAUUCCUGCUGAAGCGCUUCAAGUGGGGCCGAGUGGGCCUGGUGGCUCUGGCGCUGCUGGGGAUCUUGGCAGCCGUGCUGAUCAAGAACCAUCAGUCUGUGCUGAAGAGAAAAGCGCUCUUGGCUUUGCUGGCUGUUCAGAGGCUGGGCUGGCUCAGUGGGAGUUGAGGAGCAGGUUUCAGAGCGGUGCUGUGGCCGUUGCAGUGAGGUAGGAGUCUUUCUCUUCUA